AUGGAGUUAGAUCAAGUUGAGACAUAUAAAACAAUAUUCAAUUAUCAAGAACAGAAGAAAAGUGAGGCUACUAUAGAACCAAAAAAACAUGUCACUUGUUAUAAUUGUGAGAAAAAGGGACAAUUUGCCAAAGAAUAUAAAAGCCUUACAAAA